GAACAGCUAUGACGGGCUAUGACUUACCAUGAGGAUUUAAGGAGGAGCCUGAAACAGCAACCAAAACAGGAAAAAACACAUUUUUGGAGAUACAAGCACCAGUAAUGACCAACAGCACUCUUUAGAACAAAGCUAACAGGCUGCUUGCAAUGGCUACAACAGACACUGAUGUCAGCCUGUCUCCUGAGGAGCCCAGGACCAAGAGAGACUACCAGCAAAAGAUCUUUGUGAACAGAAGUCUGACACUAGAAAACAUCAAAUGCUAUGGUUUUGAUAUGGACUACACAUUGGCAAUUUACAAGUCACCUGACUUUGAGAGCAUGGGCUUUGAGAUGAUCAGAGAUAGACUGGUUUGUAUGGGUUAUCCUCAUGAUCUACUGCGCUACACCUAUGACCCCAGCUUUCCCACACGAGGUUUGGUGAUUGACACAACAUAUGGAAAUCUCCUCAAGGUGGAUUCAAAUGGGAAUAUUCUAGUCUGUUCUCACGGCUUCUACUUUCUCAAAGGGUAUGACAUUAAAAAAUAUUAUCCAAACAAGUUUAUUCAGAGGCAUGACACUGAUCGCUUCUACAAUCUCAGCACGCUCUUCAAUCUGUCUGAGGCUUACAUCUACUCCUGCCUUGUGGACUUCUUCACAAGAUGCACCCGAUACGAAAACCUCACCACAGGUUUCCAACAUGGCGAUCUGAUGAUGACCUUCAGAAGUAUGUAUCAGGAUGUCCGAGAUGCCAUGGACUACAUUCAUGACAAAGGUAUGCUUAAGGACACAACUAUUAGGAAUUUGGAGAAGUAUGUAGAAAAAGAUCCUAAUCUUCCGUACUUGUUAACAAGAAUUAAAGAGGUGGCCAAAGUGUUUUUGGCAACAAACAGUGACUACAGUUACACAGAAGUUAUUAUGAAAUACCUAUUAGAGUCCACAGUUAAGCCUGGCAGUCCCAAAAAACCUUGGCGCUCCUACUUUGAUCUCAUUGUUGUGGACACAAGGAAGCCACAGUUCUUUGGAGAUGGGACAGUUCUGAGACAAGUGGACACGGACACAGGAAAACUGCGUAUUGGGACCUACACAGGGGACCUCCACCAUGGGACUGUGUAUUCAGGAGGUUCCUCCGACAUAAUCUGUGAUCUGCUAAAUGUCCAGGGGAAGGACAUCUUGUAUGUUGGAGACCAUAUCUUUGGAGAUAUCCUCAAAUCCAAGAAGCGACAGGGUUGGAAAACUUUUCUGGUGGUACCUGAGCUCAGUAAAGAGCUGGAGGUGUGGGACAAGAAGAGAGGUCUGUUUGAGGAGCUCAAGCGUCUGGACAUCUUCUUAGCAGAGCUUCACAAAAACGUGGACAGCACAGAUCCAGAGAUUCUUGCCAUUCAGUAUAGAAUGAAGGUGCUGACCUACAGAAUGGACAUAGCCUACAGUCAGAUGGGCAGCCUUCUGCGGAGUGGAGCCAGACAGACCCUCUUUGCCAGUCAGCUAAUAAGAUAUGCUGAUCUAUACUCUACCAGCUGUAUCAACCUACUUUUCUAUCCACUCAACUACCUUUUCCUGGCCCCUCCUGUCCUGAUGGCUCAUGAACUGACCUCUGCAGAUAACCCUCCUGACUCUUCAGAGCUCUAACUUGUAUCUUCUCUCUGAGGCAUCUUGACUCACAGCAGCCUACAACAUAAACAGAACAGUCUAUUUUACAUUACAUUUUCUAACCCCAACCCCCCGCAAACAGCUUAAAGAUACAAUUGCCUCUCUUUCACCAGUGGCAUAUAGGUUAGCAAUGUCUUUAAUACUAUUAUCCCAUUAGUUUAUCUGCAAGUAGUUUGAAAGCAAAUAGCUCCCUCUGCUGGGCAUGGGCUCCCACCCAAAACGACAAUUCCAAGUUACAAAAUUAUGUUUUAAAAUUUAGCCUACUAUAAUAAUGUUAAAUGUGCUUGCUUGUUUUAGAUUGAUCUACAGAUAGACUGAAAGAUUAAUAAAGUAAUACAGAGGACUGACAAGCAAAGAAUUGUAUUGCGAAUGGCUUUUUAUAUUUGUGUUUAUUUGUGUGUUUAACAGUCUCCCAUAUUAGCCCUUGUACUGCAGUCUGCGUCUUGUCCACCAGGUGGCAAUGUAUCCCACUCGGGACAGUAUUCUGCGUUCUAAUGCGAAAUGAAUGUAAAUGAUACCUAACAUUAAAUUUCUAUAAAACUCGUACCGCAUC